GGAAGACGACUUCGGCUUCGGUUAAAUAUAUCCGACCCAGCGGCGACAACUCGGUCUUUAGUAUUUUAAAUACGUCAAAUUUGCGCGUUACACUAACAUUUUAUUAUGUUAUGUCACAAACCAGGGCCAAAGUCUUUCUGAAACGUAACCUAAACCACCCUAACGCGCUAACUUUAGGUUAGCUAACUGCUAGCGCCAGUUACCAAACCACAGCAGUUUGUGUAACAUCAGCUGUGCCCCACUGCGCAUGUCCGCUGAUCUCCAAGUCAUACCCUCAGGGAUCAGGUAGUGGAUAUGAGGUAUAGAUCUGCACAAAAUGCAAACGAGGCGCAAGCUUCCAGUCAUUCUUAUGAAAGGCGUGAGUGUCACAUAACCGCUUAGUUUGGCUGUUUACAUAUCGCUACACAGCCGUAAACCUUCUAAAAAAACUAGAAAUGUCGUUGUACAGAAACGCAGUGUGGUUCCUGAAGGGUCUUCAAGAAUAUACAAAGAGCGGCUACGAAGCAGCAGCGAAACACUUUGCAUCUUCCGAUCUGGAGGUGAAUUUGAGUGGCAGGUCGUUUGUCAUCACAGGGGCCAACAGUGGCAUCGGGAAGUCCACCGCGAAGGAAAUAGCCAGAAGAGGUGGGACGGUGCACCUAGUAUGUCGGAAUAAAGGUCGAGCAGAGGAGGCUAGAAAAGACAUCGUGGAGCAGAGUGAAAAUGAGAACGUCCAUGUUCACGUUGUGGACAUGUCCAGUCCCAGACAGGUGUGGGAGUUUGCCAGUGCGUUCAGUCAGAGCCACAGUGUGCAUGUCCUGAUCAACAACGCAGGGUGUAUGGUGAAUCAGAGGGAGCUGACCGACGAAGGCCUGGAGAAAAACUUUGCCACCAACACGCUCGGAACGUUCAUCCUGACCACUGCACUGAUUCCUGCUUUGAAAAAGUCCCAGGACCCAAGAGUCGUCACUGUGUCUUCUGGAGGGAUGCUGGUUCAGAAGCUGGACGUAGAGGAUCUACAGUUUGAGAAGGGGUCUUUUGACGGCACCAUGGCUUACGCUCAGAACAAGAGGCAACAGGUGGUCAUGACGGAGCAGUGGGCGGCUCAACACAAAGAGAUCCACUUCUCGUCCAUGCACCCCGGCUGGGCCGACACGCCAGCGGUGCAGGCGUCCAUGCCAGAGUUCCACGCUAAGAUGAAAAAUAAGCUACGCACUGAGGCGCAGGGGGCGGAUACGGUGGUCUGGCUGGCCGUUUCGGAUGCUGCCGUCAGACAGCCCAGUGGCCUCUUCUUCCAAGACAGAAAGGCAGUGUCCACGCAUCUGCCCCUGGCCUCCUCCAGGUCCUCUCCCGCUGAGGAGGCGAAGCUCAUGAGCACACUGGAGCAGCUUGCGGAGAAGUUCAAACCAUGAGUUGUGAUGUAGAAAGUCAAGCUCUCUGUGGCCGCAGUACCUGAAGGCCAACCAGGACAUUUGAAGGUGGCGUCUGAAGAAAAAGCAGACGCAUCUGAAGAUUCUUCUACAGUGUAUCCAUCAUUCCAACACUUAAACUGUCUGGAUUCUCUGUUUUUAUUCUUGCCACAACACUAAGUCUAUGUGGAACUACUAAUUUCUUAACACACCAAGAUGCACUACCUGUCCAAAAGUUUGUAGACACCUUUCUUCUGAAAUCAAACAUACUAAUAGAGGGUUUUUCUAACUUUGCAGCAGCAACAGCCACUACUCUUCCAGAAAAGCUUUAUACUAGAUGUUUGAACAUUGCUGUGAGGAUUUGUUUGCAUUUAGUCAUAAUAGCAAAAUCGUUAGUGAGUUCAGGUACUUAUGCCCGGUGAUUAUUUCUGGAUCACUCCAGCUCAUCCCAAAGGUAGUUGGAUGGAGCUCCAUCAGUCCAGAGAACACAGUUCAACUGCUCCACAGCCCAGUGCUGGUGGGCUUUAUACCCCUCUGGCAGACACUUGGUAUUGGGCAUGGUGGCCUUAGGCUAAUGCAUGCUGUGGGUGUGCACUUGAACACCAGGUCUCCUCAGUGGGUGUAGCUCAGUACAACUGAAUUCACUCAGUAGAACGGCAGUCUGGAUACUUUUGGACAUACUUGUGAGCAAAUCGACAAAACAAGUCCUUGUUUACUCAUGAACAAAUUAAAAUAUUUAUACAUUUGA